UCGGUUCCAAUCAGGCUCUCGCUAUUUCAGCUGGAACCGUGUGGAAUCCGCGGCUCGUCCUGGUAACUUUCCGCCGCGUCUGUGAGCGAAGGCAGCUUUCGCCAGCCGCGGCCAGAAGAGCGACGCAGGGGCAAGAGCGAGGCUGGCGGACGGGAUAACUUUUGGGGGACGGGAAGCGGGGGCGAGGCUGCCCCCGGGGCAAGAUGCCGAACACCCGCGCGCUGAUCUUCAUGCUCACCUUCCAGAUCUGCUCCUUGGAGACCGAAACGCCGACAGCUGGCUGCACAUUUGAAGAAGACGGGGACCCAAAUCAGUGUGAAUACAGCCAAGGUCUUGAAGAUGACUUUGAGUGGGAGCUGAUCCGGAGCUAUCUCCUUCCCCAUCUGACCUCUGAUCUUCCUCAUGGCUCCUAUCUGAUGGUCAAUUCCUCCCAGCAUAAUCCAGGGCAGAAAGCACAUAUCCUCUUCCAGACACUGAGUGAAAAUGACACUCACUGCCUCCAGUUCAGCUACUUCAUGUACAGCCGUGAUGGGCACAGUCCUGGGACUUUGAAUGUCUUUGUCAAGGUGAAUGGAGGACCACUGGGAAGCAUGGUGUGGAAUGUCUCCGGCUCCCAUGGGCGGCAAUGGCAUCAAGUGGAGCUUGCUGUCAGCAUGUUUUGGCCCAACGAGUACCAGGUAUUGUUUGAAGCAGUGAUUUCCAAUGACCGACAUGGCUACUUGGGAUUGGAUGAUAUCCUCCUCUUGAAUUAUCCCUGCUCCAAAGCACCUCAUUUUUCUCGCCUGGGUGAUGUGGAGGUGAAUGCUGGGCAGAAUGCAACUUUUCAGUGUGUAGCUGCUGGCAAGGCUUCUGAAACAGAGAGGUUUCUCAUGCAGAAGCAGAAUGGAGUUGUCAUUCCCACUGUCUCAGUGAAACACAUCAGUCACAGAAGAUUUCUGGCUACUUUUCAACUGGAUCAAGUUUCUAAAGGAGACCAGGACUUGUACCGCUGUGUGACUCAGUCCAGCAGGGGCUCUGGUGUCUCUAACUUUGCCGAGCUGAUAGUCAAAGAGCCCCCAACGCCCAUUGCACCCCCACAGCUUCUGAGAGCAGGUUCAACAUACUUAAUCAUCCAGCUCAAUACCAACUCAAUCAUUGGAGAUGGCCCUAUUGUAAGAAAAGAGAUUGAGUACCGUAUGACUUCUGGACCUUGGUCGGAAGUGCAUGCUGUGAACAUGCAGACCUAUAAGUUGUGGCAUCUUGAUCCAGACACGGAAUAUGAAAUCAGUGUCCUGCUGACCCGGCCAGGAGAUGGUGGGACCGGCAAACCUGGACCUCCACUCAUCAGUAGGACAAAGUGUGCAGAACCCAUGAGGGCCCCCAAAGGCCUUGCCUUUGCAGAGAUCCAGUCCAGGCAGCUGAUCCUUCAGUGGGAGCCUCUGGGUUACAACCUGACACGCUGUCAUACGUACACUGUUACACUCUGCUAUCGCUAUGCUGUAGGCACUGGCCAUAACCAGACCUUUCGUGAGUGUGUGAAGAUGGAGCACAGUACCAACCGCUACACCAUCAAGAAUCUGCUGCCAUAUAAAAAUGUCCAUGUCAAGCUCAUCCUAUCUAAUCCUGAAGGCCGGAAAGAAGGCAAAGAGAUGAUAUUUCAGACUGAUGAAGAUGUCCCUGGAGGCAUAGCUUCAGAGUCCCUCACAUUCACCCCCCUGGAGGACAUGAUUUUUCUGAAAUGGGAGGAGCCAUUGGAACCCAAUGGUCUCAUAACACAAUAUGAGAUCAGCUACCAGAGCAUUGAAUCCUCUGACCCAUCAGUCAAUGUGCCUGGACCACGACGCACUGUCUCCAAACUCCGAAAUGAAACUUACCAUGUUUUCUCCAACCUUCAUCCUGGGACAACCUACCUUUUUUCAGUAAGAGCACGAACUGGCAAGGGCUUUGGACAAACUGCUCUGACUGAGAUCACCACCAACAUCUCAGCACCCAGUUUUGAUUAUGGAGACAUACCUUCACCACUGGGAGAAUCGGAUAGCACCAUCACUGUUCUCCUGCGGCCAGCACAGGGCAGGGGUGCCCCAAUCAGCACCUAUCAAGUCGUUGUGGAAGAAGACAGACCUAAGAAGAUCAAGCGGGAGUUAGGAGGCCCAGAAUGUUUUCCAGUGCCACUCACAUUUGAUGAUGCCAUGUCCCGUGGCUUGGUUCACUACUUUGGAGCUGAACUGUCCCCAAGCAGCCUCACAGAAGCCAGGCCCUUCACUGUAGGGGACAAUCAAACGUACAGUGGUUACUGGAAUCCUCCACUGGAACCCAAGAAGGCCUACCUCAUCUACUUCCAGGCUAUGAGCAAUCUCAAAGGGGAAACACGGCUGAAUUGUAUCCGAAUAGCUCGGAAAGCUGCAUGUAAAGAAAGCAAGCGUCCCUUGGAAGUUUCCCAGCACUCAGAGGAAAUGGGCCUCAUUCUGGGCAUUUGUGCUGGAGGACUGGUGGUAUUGAUCAUCCUUCUGGGAGCAAUCAUUGUUGUCAUUCGGAAAGGGAAACCUGUCAACAUGACCAAAGCCACAAUCAACUAUCGCAAUGAGAAAACACACAUGAUGAGUGCAAUUGAUCAGAGCUUCACAGACCAGAGCACCCUUCAGGAAGAUGAGAGGCUGGGAUUAUCUUUCAUGGAUACUCACAAUUACAACAACAGAGGUGAUCAGCGCUCCAACAUUGUCAAUGAGUCCAGCAGCCUAUUGGGGGGGUCCCCUCGAAGGCAGUGUGGACGCAAAGGCUCCCCCUAUCACACUGGGCAGCUUCACCCUGCUGUCCGAGUGGCUGAUCUUCUCCAGCACAUCAACCAAAUGAAAACAGCGGAAGGGUAUGGUUUCAAGCAGGAAUAUGAGAGUUUCUUUGAAGGCUGGGAUGCUUCAAAGAAGAAAGAAAAGACCAAAGGGAGACAAGAUCACAUGCCUAGCUAUGACCGACAUCGGGUGAAGCUCCAUCCACUUCUUGGUGAUCCCAACUCUGACUAUAUCAAUGCCAACUACAUUGAUGGUUACCAAAGAUCCAACCACUUCAUAGCCACACAAGGCCCCAAACAGGAGAUGAUCUAUGAUUUCUGGCGGAUGGUGUGGCAGGAGCACUGUUCCAGCAUAGUGAUGAUAACAAAGCUGGUAGAAGUGGGAAGGGUUAAGUGUGCCAAAUAUUGGCCAGAUGACUCAGAGAUGUAUGGAGAUAUUAAAAUUACCCAUGUGAAAUCAGAGACACUGGCAGAAUAUGUGGUGAGGACAUUCACCCUGGAAAGGAGGGGCUAUUCAGCAAGGCAUGAAGUUAAGCAGUUCCACUUCACAUCAUGGCCAGAACAUGGGGUACCUUACCAUGCCACCGGCCUGCUGGCAUUCAUUCGCAGAGUCAAAGCUUCUACACCUCCUGAUGCAGGACCCAUUGUUAUUCACUGCAGUGCUGGCACUGGGCGGACAGGCUGCUACAUUGUCCUGGAUGUAAUGCUGGAUAUGGCUGAGUGUGAAGGAGUUGUAGACAUUUACAAUUGUGUGAAGACUCUGUGCUCACGGAGAAUCAACAUGAUUCAGACAGAAGAGCAAUAUGUCUUCAUCCAUGAUGCCAUCUUGGAAGCCUGUCUUUGUGGAGAAACCAGCAUCCCCCUCAGUGAGUUCAGACCUACAUACAAAGAGAUGGUUAGGAUAGAUCCACAGAGCAACUCAUCCCAGCUGCGGGAGGAAUUCCAGCAGACUCUGAAUUCUGUAACACCCCACCUGGAUGUGGAGGAGUGCAGCAUUGCCCUUCUACCACGUAAUCGGGAAAAGAAUCGGAGCAUGGAUGUGCUGCCUCCAGACCGGUGCCUCCCUUUUUUGAUCUCCAUGGAUGGGGACAGCAACAACUACAUCAACGCGGCCUUAACUGACAGCUACACCAAGAGUGCUGCUUUUAUUGUAACCUUGCACCCCCUACAGAACACCACGACAGAUUUCUGGAGGUUGGUGUAUGACUAUGGCUGCACCUCCAUCAUUAUGCUAAACCAGCUCAACCAGUCCAAUUCUGCCUGGCCUUGUUUACAAUACUGGCCAGAGCCAGGGCUUCAGCAAUAUGGACCAAUGCAGGUGGAAUACCUAUCUCGGUCAACCGAUGAAGAUGUUGUAGCCCGUCUUUUCCGGGUGCAGAAUAUAACACGGUUACAGGAAGGACACUUGAUGGUCCGGCACUUUCAGUACCUGCGGUGGUCAGCCUACAGAGAUAUUCCAGAUUCUAAAAUGUCUUUCCUGAAUUUAUUAGCCCAAGUAGAGAAGUGGCAGGGAGAGAGUGGCAAUGGCAGGACCAUUGUGCAUUGUUUGAAUGGAGGUGGACGGAGUGGUACCUUCUGCGCCUGCACCAUGAUCCUGGAGAUGAUCAGGUGUCACAAGCUGGUGGAUGUUUUCUUUGCUGCAAAGACCCUCCGCAACUAUAAGCCAAAUAUGGUUGAGACCUUUGAACAGUACCACUUCUGCUAUGACAUAGCCCUGGAGUACCUGGAUUCACUGGAGACCAGAUAGCAUCUUGUCAAAGCACCCCAAAGGCAAGUGUUUGUAUUAGGUUUGGGCCAAACCUGCAUUUUGCACCCAGACUUUUUUUGAAUAAGAGCGAGAGAGAGAAAAACAAAACAAUGCAACGGAAGAGAAAUGAAAAAGGGCAAGAUACAAGGACCAUGUUGUCCAUCCUCUACCUUCAUUUUUGUUCCUAUCCCCCUACUCCUGCUUCUCUAGUUGCCAGCAGAGCAGAGACUACACAAACUCAACCCAUGUACACAAUGUUGUGCAAUAUGCCAGCCAUGAGUUUGAUACCUGUGUGUCAUUUCUAUGUAUACGGAUCCUGGUGUGCAGAAUGGGCAUCCCAGUGGGUCUCCUUGUGACGCUAAGAGUCACCGGGUGGAAAGAUCCCUGCACUACAGACCGCAGAGGACAAGCAAAAUCCAGCAGCUGUCAAAGUGGCAACAGCAGACUGGAGGAAGCAGUGGAACAUGUUCUGAAAGCUAAGAAGCUUUCUGGCCGAAAAGAUCAGCUUGCAGUUGUCAUUCUUUGAGAAGCCACAUUGGACUAAAGUGCUUGCUGGACUUGUACAGUUUUCAUUCUCUCUUUAUAACCAUGUUUCUUGUUUCCAAAUGAGUGCCUGCCUCUAAAGAGAGAUUCUAAAUUGCUGUGUGGCAGGAAAACUGCCUGUUAAAAACAGAACAACCCCCCAGUCAUCUAACAAGGAGAAAACACGUGGGUGUCUUGUUCUCAAGGUGUCCAGAUUUGCUUAACAACCACUGUAACCAUACACCUGGGUAUUUUGUUCCAAACUGUCCAAGCUUUGGAAAAGCCUUACUUUUCAGAAUACUGGUGUCAGGCCUGCAGCCCUUCUCAGGCAUCUUUUCAGUAGGGCUACCUAACCAUAAAACGUCCUCAGUAGUGCGACCCCUUCAACAUCUUAGCCACAAGAACUCACACACAUAUGCAGGCUUCGGAGAUCACCAGCAAGCAUGCAAGCCAGAGAAUAAUCUUCCCAGUUAGUCUGUUCACAAGAAUUAUUAAGCAAGGGGGCAUGAGGGGGAAAGAAAAGGUCCCUAUCAAUCUGGAUAAUUCUCUUUCAGAGUCAAGUGUAGAGCUUUGUAUGUAUGUUGGUGGUGCCUUUGGAAUUAAAAGCGGUGACAAAUAGCUGUUUUCUGCACUUAUGACUUGUGUGGUGGGAAGACAUUUUGCUUUGGAAAGGUGAGCUGGCUGAGUUUUCUGGAAGAGUUAGUUCUACAGACAGCUUUACUUAGGGUCAGAAUUUACAGCAGUCAGUGUUGAAAGAUGCCAGCCUAAGAAUAUGAAGGAUAGGCAGGUAUGUUUCUAUAACAGUCCACAACCUCAGAACCCAUUCUUUUCCUUUGCUCCAUCAGCCAAGCUAAUCAGUUUAUUCCUACACCUCCCACUCUUGGCAUAAAAUUCUGUUGAGAUAAUUAAUAGAAGAGUGUUUAAUGCAGAAUAGCAUCAGAGCCCUGGAUGUGAUUCACAUGAUAAUUGUGGUGCACCAUUCAUUUGUUUAAAGAGUCAGAGGUACUGCAGCCAGGUUAAGCAAAUUUUUGCCAAAUGUGGAUGACCAGCCUAUUCAAAACUCUCUGGCUGUUCCACUUAAAAUGCCCAAAGCCUCCAUCUUUCAGCUGCAUGAUGCAGAUAAGUGCAUGUGCAAAAGUAAAGAAAAAAAAUGCAGAGCUGUUAAUGUGCCUUUUUAUCCUUUAUGAAACACAUCAUAAAUCAAUGGAGCCGCAGCAAGGGAGUAAACAGCAUCAAAAUGGCAGGUGUCACUGGGGUAAUUGAAGCCCUGCCCCUUUUUGUGUGUGAGACGCAUGAAAUGCACAUUAAAAAAAAGGGCUUCAGUUGCCUGGUCGCACCCAUCGUUUUGAUGCUUUGAUCCCCUUCCCCAUGAAACCUCUGGACUUCAAGCAAUGAAUCUUUUCAAAUUAGUCUUGCCAUUGUGUUGAUAGAUGCAGAGAAGGAAGGAAGAUUCUUCUUCUAGGCCAGGAUGUUGAUUGAAUUAGCCAAGGAAAAGAAGGUCUGUUGCUACACAGAAUGGAUAUAAAGAUUAUGCAUUCCUUCUGGAAAUGGGAAAAGGGAGGCAUGAUGGAAAAAAAUGGGAAAAGGGAAGCAUGAAUAUGAACUGGGACUCAUGCCAAUACUCUUUAGGAAUGCCAUGGCAGUUUACAUUACAGGUAGUCCUCGCUUAAUGACCGCAAUUGGGACUGGAAUUUUGGUUGCUAAGCAAAGCUGUCAUUAAGCAAAUCCAACCCAAUUUUAUGACCUUUUUUGCAGUGGUUGUUAAGUGAAUCACAUGGUUCCCCAUUGAUUUCGCUUGCCAGAAGCCAUCUAGGAAGGCUGAAAAUGGUGAUUACAUGACCAUGGAAUGCUGCGAUGGUCAUAAAUGUGAACCGGUUGCCAAGCACCCAAAUUAUGAUCAUAUGACCGUGGGGAUGCUGUGAUGGUCAUAAGUGUGAGGACCAGUUGCAAGUUGUUUUUUCCAGCACCGUCAUAAGUCCAAACCAUCACUAAACAAAUGGUUGUUAAGUGAGGACUACUUGUAUUUGAUGCAUCUAGCAGCUAGUAUUUUCUGUUUUUUCUCUAGAAUGCCCAAAUGUCAUAUCUCAGGACUUUUGGGGAAGGAGAGAAAGGAAGGAAGAUGGCCAUUAGUGAGAGCUGCCAUUUUGGAUGCAGGCUCUUCCAUUUUUUGGUGGGGGGUGGGGAUUAAAGCUUUUUCUUCCACAGUAAAUUCUGGGGAAAGCAAAAUGACAUCUAUCUAAAAGUACCAGCCAGAGAUAGUAGUGCCAAGUGAUGAAAUAGGAAGUGUGGAAAAAUUCAAAAGGAAGAUGGAUGUGUAUAAUAAAAUGAACUGUUAAUGAAUGUAAUCUCAAAUGGGUGAGUGGGUAGAAAGUUAUUUGCAGGAACUAAGUGGACAAACAUCUUAGGUGAUGGAGCAAGCAUUGAUCUUUUUUUAAAAUACUAGUUUUUGCAUCCAGCUAGCACUGGUGCCUCUGAGGAGACUUAAGACAUUAUUUUUCCUAAGUGUUCCAAGAAUGUUUUAGAGGCCAGUCCUAGACAUCUGCAGCUAAGCACAAUGAUAAUGUGCAUGUGAUGGCUUCUUGGCAUGAACUCUGUUCUUUGUUAUAGCAUCCCAAUGUCAGAUGCAAGUAUGUAAGCCAUAGGGGUUUGUACUGGAACAUGCUGCAUGUUUCACCACUUGACACUCCCUGUGGAUGUGUAUGAAGCCAGUGUGGAAAAAUAAGAAUGGAAUUGGUUUAGCAUAGUUAAGGGACAGUCAUCGAGGGCCCAGAUAAAACCUGCAGCUGUGCCAGAUUCAAAUAUCUGAGCAGAAUGGAAUUACUGGAAGGUAGAACAGAUGGGAACCUUAGGCUGAAAUGUAAGGGCUGUGCUUUUUCCUUGACUUCCUCCUCUGUAAUGUGAAGAUUAAGACUGAUUAAUGGGAAUAGCAACAUGUAGGCUCUUGUGUUUAAAGCAAAGACAGCUGCCAUUUUUGAUUUUGCAGAGUUUUUACAGCUAGAGCAUUAAAAAGGCUAUUCCUGUGGCACAGCUUCAUGUAAGUACAGAAUAUGGGAGCUCAGUGAAAUAUUCUGCUUGCUGAACGUCACAUCCUUCAUUGUGAAAAUAGAGAUGAAAAGGAGAAGUCCUGGCCCUGACGGUUGAUAUAUUUUAAACAGUUGGAAUACUAGGAAAUACACUUCUGAAUUUAGAAGGUGGUUCAGAUGGGUUUUCCAGGAGUUAGAGAUAAUUCUACUUUGUUCCCUUCCCAAGAAGAGGAACUGCUGAAUACAUUAUACAAAAUCCUAAAGAUCUGAGAACCUUUCAGAAAUGGAUUCUCAGUUGCAGAAUUGAACUUCUCUUGACACAAGUGCUUUCAGCAGAGAGAAUGAAAUCAACCUUUAGAAAUUCAUGCUGAGUUGAAAAUAGCAUGCCAUUGUUCAACCUGGUCUGUUCAUCCACAUCUAGCUGCUAGGUUUCAACUCUGGGUGAACCUUGGCAAUUUCUUAAUAAUGGGCUGUAUUUCUAAUUGGAGAAAGUCUCUUUUGCGGGGGGGGGGGGAGGUGUAAGAAAAUGCUAAUACCUUUAAAAGAUUUGAAGAGCCAUGUUCUGAAGUAAUUUUCAUGUAUCAUAUUCUUUCAAGCCAAUCAACGUGAUGUUUUUAGGUUUGUUAAAGCUGGAUACUCUGUGUAGUGCUUAUUUCCAGGAUAUGUAUCUACUUGUAGGUGAUAGAGCAAGGGAAGUCAGCUAAAGAAUGGCUAUGUUUGGGAAGUCUAUUUUACCUCUUCUUUCAUAGUUUCACUACAGUUAGUCAGCUUAACAUUCCCCAGCUUUGCACCCUUGAGAUAUGUUGACACUACAGCUCCCAGAAUUCUGACUGUGCUGGUUAUGAGUCCUGGGAGUUGUAGUUUCAAUGUAUCUGGGAAUCAUCAGAGUUGGAAAUGGCUGUUUCUCUGUUUCCAUGAGUUUUUUUUUUAAGGCAGUUAAAACAUCACCAAUGAAAUAACCAACUAAAUAGUCUAACUCUCCAUCUGUCUGUUGUUCAAGAACUGAUCUACAAAGUAGAAGUACUUAACUUUACAAAUGGGAUACGGUCCAACACAGAGGAAGAGGUACUCAUUUAACUUGUGAGUGUAUUUUAAAAGCUACUUUUUAUGUUACUGUUCAUACUCAGAACACUAACAUCAUUCCAUGAGUAAUAUACCAGUUUUUGAUCACAGAAUCUGUUGCUUUCAUUAUCACAUCACCUGAGCACCUAUUUUGAGAGGUGUUACCAGAGCUUACAUUUCCUGACUCAAAAGUAUAUACCUUAAGAGCUUCUAAAUGAGUCAGUUAUUCCCCUGUAGCUUAACUCGAAGUCUGAGAAAGAAUAUUCCAGUCCUCAGCUUUGUCUUUUCUACACACCCCUCUUUUACCAUGGAGUGGCUGAUGGGAUGAAGAGAGGGGAACUCUUUAGCUGUUCAAAUCAAACCUAUUCUCUAGGUGCAGCUUCCAGUAUAAAAGAUUGAGGAACUUGUGGUUCUCCCUUCCAUAUGUUAUUGGACACCAGUCCCCAUUAUCCCCAGCCAGCACAGCCCAUGAUGGCAGCUGUGAGUCCAUUAAGUGUCCCCACAUCCUCUGCUGUAUUUUCCUAAAUUACAAAGUGACAGUAGAUGUCAGACCCACAAAGGAGAUAUUUAUGGCUCAGUUGCUACUCUCCGUUGAAAAGUUUUCCUAAAAGAUGUCACCAAAUUUAGUCAAGCAAUGAUCUGAGGAUUGAUUGUGUGUGUGUAUGAAUAUAUUUGUUUGACCAAUUGCCUUGAUACAUACAGUUCUGCUUACAAGAGGAAAUAGUUCUAAAAAGAAAGCUCACAGUUUGUUUUUAAAUAACGUGAGCAACACUGAUUUGCAAGAAACAUUCUUGUUUCUUCAGCUAUUAUCAAGAAAAUGCCUCUUUUAAGAAAGCAACUGCCAUCUGCAUACAUACACACACCCUAUAUGGAUUAUCUAUUAUGCUCAAGGUUUUUUGAACUUUAGAAAAAAAUAUUUUUAGAUUUAAGUGUAUCGGUUAGAGUGGCAGUCCCUCAGCUGAAAAUGAUAGAUGCACAUAAGAAGGUAGAGCAAGAUCCUUGAUGUGGGUAGACACAAAGCAGAAAUAAGAGUUUUCCUGUUGGGUAACUGUUCAGAGUGCAGGAGAUGAAGCAGUUUGGGAUUUGGAAAUACACCAGGCAAAUAAUGCAGCCCUGGUCGUCACAUUUUAAGAAAGGUGUUGACCAAAAGGAGAUGAUGUUCACCAGAAUGAAAGAGGGAUUUGAAAAGUCCUAUGAGGAAUAGUUGAAAGAAUUGUCUAAGUUUAGCCCAGAGAAAAGAAAACCAAGGGGAGGUAUCAAGAGGAAAAACAGGUCUUACAUUGCACUUAGGUAUAAAUGCAUACCAAAUAAAAAUAUUAAAUAGUAUACUACAGAAGAUAUGACAGACUUCAAAUGUAUGAAUGGCUGCCUUAUGAAAGAUAGAGCACCAUUACCACCAAUGAGAUUAAAUUACAAGGAAACAGAUUUGAGGAGAAAUUUCUUGAGGGCUAUGAGAUGUCUCAAGAAUGUAUGGUUUCCCAUUAAAGGACGGAAGGAGGGAAUGGACAGCCAUCUGUCAAGAAUGCUGUAGUACUUGCACAGAAAAAGGAACUAUUAGAUUAUCACUUUUGACUCUAAAAAAUGUAUGCUUUGAAGACGCACUAUGAUCCAGAUGGGAAAAUCUCCAUCUCAAAUGUGAGAUUGUGAAAAUCUCCAUCUCAGAUGUGAGAUUGCAAAUUCCAACUCAACAGUCCUGCCCUAGAGAAUAAUAGGUCCACAUAGAAAUGGAGCUCACCCAUUUUAGUUAUGAGAAUGGAUAGGUAAAAGCAGCAUUAACAAGUAAAAUCAACUUGCUUUAUUUUCAGAGGAAAGGAACAAUAUGUCAACAGAUGCAUUGCCAAAGAAUCUAGUUGCAUUUCCAACUUAAAACAACCAAUCAUGGGCACAGACAACCAUAAUGUUUAAGAUUUUAUUUUUAUUUUAUUUAUUUUUCAAAUUUCUAUCACCUCCCAUCUCCCCCAAGGGGGACCCCAAAGGGGACUCCAAAAGGGAUUUUCCAUCUUCUUCCUGUUAUAUCUUAAGGGAAUUGAUUUUUACAAAUUCUUGUAUGAAAUGACUCGAUCUGCCCUUCUUCAAAUAUUGUGCAAAGCAGAGCUUGGUUUUCUGUUAGAUUUCACACUUCUCCAAAUGUUGCAAUGCUGUUAAUGAAAUUUAAAUGUGUAUUUUGAAGGAAAUUGUACAUUUUAAAUCUAUUUUGAGAAGAAAUGUGUAUUUAAGUACAUAUUUUGAGAGGAUUUUUUUUUUAAAAAAAACCCUGCAAAUCAAUGCAUACAUGGAAUAGGAUCGUAAAUAAAAAUAUUUUAAAUUGGCAUGAAACGGAAAUAAAAAAUUGUCCAUUUGUAUUGA